AUGAAGGCGUUCCUCAGUCUGUUAGCCGGCCUGACGACAUGCAUUAUCGCGGAGAAUUGCGAUCCCAUCGCCUACGAGCAGUCCAAUCCAUACGGCUUGUCAGAGACGAAGGAUCCCGAAGUCAUGAAGAAGCUGAACAAGUAUCUAGAGGACAGCGAAUUCUUCAUUGCAGGACUGAUCGAAGCUGGCAAGAUCCUCGAGAAGGUUCUGUGUCCCGCGUUGAAAGCCCUCGAUGUAGUAAUGGCUAUUGGGAUGGCAGCACUUCCUCCACCAGGACGAGCCAUCACAGGUGGAAUGGUGGCUGCUAUCCGAUUAGCAAAGGCGUACAAGUACGCCUAUGAAGCGCAAGACGCAGCGCAAGAAUGGGCCGACUUCUUUCUUAGUGGUGCAAACUUUGCGGGACAAGCAGGUUGUAGCCCGCUGGUACUAAGCAGGGACGACUUGAUCAAGAAGGUCUUUACUCCUCUGGUCGAUGCCCUGGACGAGCUUGUCCCGGGUGGGAUGAACUACGAUGACCUACUAUGUCCCGCGAAAGGCUGCAAAGGAUGCAAAGGUCCACGCUGCACGAGAAACGGCGGGAACGGAGACGGAGAUACGACCAAGGCUAGUGCCAAACCAGCCCCGACUACUGCAGGUGAUCAUCCUAGCAGUAAAUCUCCACCGGCAGAAACGACUGUUUCUCUCAAGACUUCUUCAACCUUCGCAACGUCUUCUCUUACCGCGUCUACUAUAUCCUCGCCGACAUCUUCCACAACUCCGCCUGUCACAACAACAACGCUUGUUUCCACCACUUUGUCGUCCUCUUCCUCAGCAGCAACCUCCUCCUUGUCCUGCAAAGAUCUGGCAGCGCUAGACAAAGAUGAAGUCGUAGAUGAAGCCAGCCUUCUUUCACGAAGCUACCCAAUCGAUCUUAGGUAUGCUGGCCUCGAGAAGCGUGCGAAACCCAAGGAAGGAAGCGCUUGCGAUUACCCACUAGAAAGUUUCCGUUACCCGAGUAGUGGGGAGUGGGAAGCUGACAAGCCCAAAAAAUACGGGUUCAACAAACGCGAUUCAUGCGACGACUACAGUAUGGAUAAGCCAGAUGAGGGUGCCGGUAUCCAAUAUGAUACUGAGCACGUUCUAGAAUGGCAAACGGUUGUCCAGUUCUUUAAUACGAUGGGUAAAGAGAUCACGACCAAGUUCAAGAAUCCGGAUCCUCAGCAAAAUAACAUGGUCGGCUUUUGUGAGUACUGGAGAGAAUCCUGGACUUGGAAAGACCAUCGAAUGGACGGACCUCCUGCCAGUCUGGCCAAUACCCCCAAUUCACGUCCUAGUCCCAGUCCGAGCGCUAGUCUCAGUCCGAGCCCUAGCCCCAAUCUGAGUCCUACGCCGGGUUCAAGCCCUAAGCCGGAUCCAGCUGUCAUGCAACGUAGUCCGAUUGGGUGGCUAGCAAGUGUAUACCCGUGGAAACAAGAUGGUGACCAAAUGUGGCUUGGUGAGAUGCCACUCUUGGAAAGUGAAAUCAACGCAAGAUACAAGGGACGGCUGUUCAUACAGACAUUGAAGAAAUCUGGCGAAUACGAAGAUAUCGUUGCUGAGAGAAAAAUGAAAGCGCUGAUCAAGGGGCGUGACAAAAAGCUCAAACUGAGUGUGAACGACCAAUCACGCAGGGCGAUCCAGAAGAUGCGGCCGAUGAUCGGAGCUCUCAAGUACAUGCAACAAGACAGCAUCGCAGAAAUAUUCGCAAACCAGAAAAACAGAAUCGGAGCGAUGAUCGGAUACAUUGACCGAGAGCUACAGAAAACGCCCCGACAAUUUGCGGAUGCGACGAAGCCCAAAAGUCAGGAAGACGUGAUCGACGCGCUUCCGUGGCAAGAGCAAGGACUUGAGAAGAAAUGGGACGCGUACAUGGACAAUGUGUUUGCGGUGGCAAAGCAGAGAGCGACAGACUUCAUGACAGUCAAUCUCGACCGUCUGAAAGACGAAUGGGAGUCCUCGAAGAAGACCGAAGUGCCCAAGAACUUCAAGGGUGAUGCUCAGGCGAAACGGAACGAGAAAAACACGCUGGAAAAGACACAGAAAGAUAUGCUGGCCCUCAUCAAGAAGGCACAAGAUGAAUGGGACAAGGUCAAAGACUGGGCAAUGCCGUGGAAAUCAAAGGAUGAGAAAGACAUGGAUGAUGAUGGCGCCGAUCAAUGA